AUGCGUGAGCGAGGGAGGGCUUCCUUCCUGCGCGGCCCGCAGCAGGCGACGGAGGACGUCGACACCUCGGAACUGUAUUCCUCCGCUCAGUUGUUUCCGUUCCUCAGUGAGGAGGACCGCGCCAAUCUUGGCAGGGAAGUGGUGGCGGCCAUCAACAACGAGUUGGUGCACCCGGAGGACCUCGAGGUGGCCGUUCCACGCCUCUUGCGCUCCUGCGCGAGUGAGGCGAAGGAGCUCCGACGCGCCAUUAACUCGAUGGCCUUCUCGCAGAUGCUGGAGGGGCACCGCGCUGUGCAGAUCAUCAAGGAAAGCAGCGAACGCAUUCAGGACUUGCGGGCGCUGUACAUGAAACAGGGUGACCUCAUUACCAGCAUGGAGGUGACAUCAGGCAGCUACAAGCAGCUUCGGCAGCUGCACUUUCUGCGCGACAAUGUGACGUCUGUCAUUAAGUGGGCAGAGGCGUUGAAAGAGGUGCGCUACACCAACUUGUACGGCCUUGUAGAGCAGCGGCAGUUUGCAGCGGUAUACAAGCGCCUACGUCGGUUGCAGACGAUACGUCGCACUGUCAUUGAGAAGUCGAGCGCCGAAUAUCGCAGUUAUCGCGCUGCCUUUGACCCAUACUUUGAAAAGCUCGACACGGUACAGACUAUGUUCGUAGCAGAGGUGUACAAACUGCUCGAGGAAAACUCUGUGUACGUGGCGAUCCAAAAAGCGCUAGAGGACAUGCCCGAUGGCAACGCUGUUGCCGAUGACUUCCCAGAAUUCACUCAAUUUGAAGAAUGCGUGCAGCUCUGCGAGGAGGAAGUGGGGGGUGACGGCGUCUUGCGCACCGCAGAUGGCGAGCAGCUCAUCACCGAAGAAAAGGUGGGCCGCGCUGUGGGCAAGUGUGUGGCCCGGUUGUGGGAAGAGGAGGUGAUGGUGGACGUCGUGGACCCAUUUGAGCAAAUAACCACGUACCUUGAGCAAAUGAAGAAGGUGGCACCGCUGCUGGCCGCGCUGGAGAUAACACUCAUUCCCCUCUCCACAAAGUUCUCCUUCUUCGCCGUUGUGGUGGAGGCAAUCCACGGCGAGGUGAUGGGCGUGCUGCGCGGCUACAUUGACCCCGAUGCGGCGGUGGGAGCUACCGGCCUGCUAGAGGUCUCUGACUUCGUGCAGUGGUACAAGGAGGCGAUGAUGGAGGCAAACUACACAGCGUACGUCGAUCUUGACGCUCUUGAUGGCCUCUCCGCGUCGAUGAUGACGGCAGCUGUCGGUGGUCUUUCGACGCAUCUCAUCCAGUUGUGCCGCUCCUGCGCCAUCGCAGUGAUGAGUGGGCGCGGCGGGCCAACAGCGCUCCCGAACGGACUGCCCGUGACGACUGGGCCGAUUGACAUGUUCACGGUGCUGCAGCAGUCGCUAGGUGGGCUUUCUACGGCGAUUGAAGUUGGAGUCAUGCGGCAGAUUGGCGGUGCCUGCGCGCAGGCCAUCGAAGCGUACCUCGAAGAGUGCAAGUUGCGCAGUGACUACGACUACUGGGAGGAGGAGAACGAGACGUCAGGGAGCCCAGCUGAGGAGUGGGCCGCGCGUCGCCUCGCGUUCCUCUAUGCCUUUUGCAACGACUGCUCGACAAUCGAGCGCAACAUGGACACGAUUGAGCUCAAGUUUGCGUCUUACUGGGAUGAAGAGGACGGAAGCGGCGAAAAUGCGUCGCCGUUUCAGAAGACGCAGGACAUGAUUUCCGAGCACGCACUGUACUAUGUGGACGAGAUUGUGCUGCACGUUGAGCGUGUUGUCGGCGCACAGUGGGCCCUCGUGUUUCGCUCCAAUGAGUGGUACGACAACGACACCAACCCGACGCAGGUGAUCAUUGACACAAUGAGCGACUUCAUUGACGAGGAGUUCAUCACCGCGCUGGAGGAGGCACGGGUGCGCAUGGCCACGCGCGGCAUGAUGACGAGGUAUGUUCACAAAUAUCUCACAACACUCAUGGAAUUUUUCGGCGAUGCCAUUCGGCACCCGAACAGCCGUGGCGUGGAGGACUGGAACGCAUUCAUUGACUGCUUCACCCGCGACACGACUCUUGCAAUGGGUAUGUGGUCGGAGCGCGUCACGGACGGGCGUGGGCAGCUCGUCAGCACAGCACGGCGUGCGCUGGACCUCACGGCGUCUCUGCUGGGUGUCAAGAAGCUGGUGGAUUUCAGUUUCAUUCUGCAGCACGAACUCCUCAGUGACUUGGGCGACUGCCCGACCUUCUUCCUACGCUUCAUCCUGCAGGCGCGGCAGAAGGAGCUGGACAAGGAGACGCGCGACAGCAUGAUGGCGGCGUGGGCCGAGCUCAUUGCGCACCAGCGGCGCGGCGCCGACGACGUGCCGACCGCUGGCUGGUCGCAGCCGGUGUCCUACUUCGGCGCGCUCGACCGCACGCUGGCGGACCUCGACAAGAAGGCGGGAAUUUUCCGCGCAAGUGCGCAGAAGCAGCGUGCACGCGCAGAGCAGAAGCGGCAGGAGAGCGAGCGCGAGGCAAAACGGGCGGCGCGCCGCGCCCGACGCGAGGCGGACGCUGCAGCAACCAAAGGGAAGGCUUCGGCGGUGCCGAAGAAGCCAAAGGCCGGUGGCGGAGAGGUCGAGGUGGUCAAUCUUGCCGAUCUCCUCAAGUGA